AUGGGGCUGGCCCGGAGGGCGCUGAGUGCGGGGGUGAAGACGGUGUGGUCUCGGGGCAUGCACCAGGGCAGUGUUCUGCUCUCCGUAGCUCCACCCCAAAAACCCGUCACCACCAUAAGUUACGUCCAUGGGAACACUGAUAUACCGCUGAUCAGCAAGACUAUGCAGCAGUGUCUGUGGGACACAACUCAGCGAAUCCCGGAUCAAGAGGUCGUUGUCGAUGUCCAGGGCGGCAAAAGAAAGACCUUCAGCCAGAUGUGCAAAGAUGUUGAGACUCUCGCCGCAGGACUGCUGGCACUUGGCCUGAAAAAAGGAGACCGCCUCGGAAUGUGGGGGCCAAAUAGCUAUGAGUGGAUCGUUACACAGUUUGCUACGGCUCAAGCUGGUUUUCUGCAGGUGUCGGUGAAUCCAGCGUAUCAAGCAAAGGAAUUGGAGUAUGUCCUUAAGAAGGUUGGUUGCUCUGCCCUAAUAUUCCCUGCCCAGUUUAAAACGCAAAGAUAUUAUGAACUUUUGAGGAGUAUUUGUCCGGAGAUUGACACCUCACCAGCAGGGGGCAUCAAGAGCAAGGCACUUCCAGAUUUCCGCAUUGCGAUAGUCUUGGACAAGAAGUACCCGGGUGCUUUCCACUAUGACGAAGUGAUGAAUGCCGGGACCACUCAACAUGUGAAGCAGCUGCAUGAUAUACAGAAGACCGUGUCAUCUGAAGACCCCAUCAAUAUCCAGUUCACCUCUGGAACCACUGGAUAUCCCAAAGGAGCCACUCUGAGCCAUCACAACAUUGUGAAUAAUGCGCAGUUUGUGGGGGCGAGGCUGGGGUACGGCUGGAGAGAGGACUUCCGUGUCGCUCUUCCUGUGCCGCUGUACCACUGCAUGGGCUCUGUGCUAGGCAGCCUGACAUCCAUAAUUUAUGGUCCCACUUUGGUCUUACCCUCUCCAAGCUUUCAAGCCCGAGCUGUGUUGGAGGCCGUUUCGAAGGAGAAAUGCUCAAGUAUUUACGGCACCCCAACCAUGUAUAUUGAUAUGUUGGCAGAACCAGACUUUGCAUCUCUUUCCUCCACUCUCACAACUGGAAUUAUUGCUGGGUCCAUCGUACCACCUGAGGUCAUGAAGAAACUUCUCACUGAGACCACAAUGAGGAAUAUGAUGGUUGGUUACGGCACAACAGAAAACAGCCCGGUCACAUUCAUGGGGUUCAUCUUUGAUGACAUUUUCCGGAAAACAGACAGUGUAGGUUAUGUCAUGUCCCAUACAGAGGCAAAGGUAGUAGACACCAAUACAGGCCAUAUACUUCCACUGGAUGCUUCAGGUGAACUAUGGAUUCGAGGCUUCGGUGUCAUGCUGGGCUACUGGGCCGAUGAAGAGAAGACCAUGGAGACCAUCACCCCUGAAAGGUGGUACAAGACCGGAGACAUAGCCACCAUGGACGAAUAUGGAUACUGUCGAAUCGUUGGGCGCUGUAACGACAUGAUCAUCCGAGGAGGUGAAAACGUAUACCCAGCUGAAAUCGAACAGUUCCUGCACACGCACCCCAAAGUCAUGGAAGCCCAGAUCGUUGGAGUUAAAGAUGCACGGAUGGGGGAGGAGAUCUGUGCUUGUAUCCGAACCCAUAACGACCAGGAAUGUACGGCAGAGGAGAUCAAGGAAUACUGCAAGGGAAAGAUUUCUCAUUUUAAGAUCCCUCGUUACAUAGUCUUCGUGAAUGAGUACCCUCUCACAAUUUCUGGAAAGAUCCAAAAGUUCAAACUGAGAGAAAUGGUGGAGAAGCAGCUGAAGUUAUGA